GGACAUUUAAUCUUGUACUUGGGGUUCAGCAGUAACUCACUAUUGUGUUACCGGGCGAGUUUUCUGUAUAUCUUAUAUGGUAUCUCCUCAAGUUUCAUUCUGCUGAGUGCCGCAUUGGAUAGAGGGUCUUGCCAUGCCCAACUUACCCAAUCUUAACAGCUUUGGCAAACUGUGCGGCUCCGGCCGCAGUGACGAAUCUGUGGUGCUGGACCGGGUAAAACGCAAGAACUCUGUUCGGAGAAUGUCCAUUAUCGAAGAUGGGAACGUGGCUGAGGUGCUCUACCUCAUUCCCAAACAGUCCAUGAUGGAGCAGCUGCCCUUCCUUAACCCCAAUGAGUAUAUUAUCCUGGAGAAAAUGGCACCUCCUGACAUGGGAUCCGUGGCCCAUCCUCAGGAACCACACCAUCCUCCAGGAAAACUGGUCAUCCAGUGCUAUAAGUGUGGGGAGCCAUGCAAGGGAGAGGUUCUCCGGGUGCAAUCCAAGCACUUCCAUAUAAAAUGUUUCACAUGCAAAGUGUGCGGUUGUGACCUGGCUCAAGGUGGUUUCUUCAUGAAGAACGGGGAGUACCUAUGCACACUGGACUACCAGAGGCUACAUGGCACUCGCUGUAAUGGCUGUGGAGAUUUUGUUGAAGGAGAGGUGGUCACUGCUCUUGGGAAGACCUAUCAUCCCACAUGUUUCGUCUGCACUGUUUGCAAACGGCCAUUUCCCGCUGGUGAUCGAGUCACGUUUAAUGGAAAAGACUGUCUCUGCCAGCGUUGCAUCCGGCCAGCUUCCCCGACUCCCAAAGACAUCAGCGCCUCUAGUAACUGUGCAGGAUGUGGCAGGGAUAUAAAGAAUGGUCAGGCCCUUCUGGCCUUGGACAGCCAGUGGCACCUCGGCUGUUUCAAGUGCAAGGCCUGUGGGAAAGUGCUGAGCGGGGAGUACAUCAGCAAGGAUGGUUCUCCGUACUGUGAGAAAGACUACCAGAUUAAUUUUGGCGUGCAGUGUGAGGCCUGUCAUCGGUUUAUCACAGGGAAAGUUCUGGAGGCAGGAGAUAAGCACUACCAUCCAAGCUGUGCACGAUGCAGCAGAUGCAAUCAAAUGUUCACGGAGGGAGAGGAGAUGUACUUACAGGGAUCUACAGUAUGGCAUCCAGACUGUAAGAACAACAGUAGAGUGGAAGAGAAGUACAGAGCAGCUUGGCAACAUCCUAAAGGAAAACCCAGUCCAUUUGAUAUCUUUUACCCCCAGUCUCAGAUUCAGAGCUGGGGCCCAGGUGGCUCUCAGCUGGGCCGGCAUCCCCUGGGCAGUCGUGAGCCCCUUCCACCCUCAGUAACAUCUCUGCACCACUCAGAAAGGCAGCCCACAAGGUCAUCGUCUGAGAGUAUCUGUUCGAGACCUGGCUCGAGCAUCCCUGGAUCUCCAGGUCAUACCAUCUAUGCAAAAGUAGACAAUGAGAUUAUUGAUUACAAGGACCUAGCAGCCAUCCCCAGAGUCAAGGCCAUUUAUGACAUAGAGCGUCCAGACAUGAUAUCCUAUGAGUCUCUCCAUUCCACCUCCUCCACCCUGGAAAGACAAGGAAGGCACAGCCCCGGAGAGCCUGUCAAAGCCUCAGGUGGCAGCCCUCCCAGAGGCAGAGCCACAACCCUGCCACAAGACCCCUCCUCAUUGUCUGCAGAAACAUCUCCAAGGACACUGUCUCCCACCCCAUCCGCUGAGGGUUGUUAUGACAUGAGGGAGCGCAUCAUGCAAAGAUCCACCAGUCAGGGCUCCAUCGGCUCUCCGGUUUACCACCGCCAUAGCUAUAUACCCCCUCUGUCCAAGUCGCCCCAGCACUUCCACAGACCAGCAGGAAUGCUGAAGCUCUGCUCCUCUUUGCGCUCCAGUGACACACGCCCUACCUCCCCUUUCCGACAUCACUUCCUCCCCCAUAACAAAGAUUCUUUCUGCAUAGGCACUGAGCCAUCCAGUGGCCGGAGUUCUCCUCUUUCCUCCCGGCCAGCCACCCCGACCCUCUCUCUGACCCCUAAACAUUUCCACAUCCCAGACCAAGGCAUUAACAUGUAUAGAAAACCACCAAUCUACAAACAGCAUGAUUCAGCUGCCCUGGCAGCCCAAAGCAAGUCUGCUGAUGACAUCAUCAAAUCAUCCAAGUUCCCCGCUGCCCACGCCCCUCGGCCGGACGAAACACCAAAGAUCGAGACCGACUACUGGCCGUGUCCUCCGUCCCUUGCUGCUUUAGGCUCAGAUGGGAGGAGUCGGUCACGGGACGAAGAAGAGGAAGAGCAACUGAAACGCAGACAACUUCAGGAAGAACAUCUCAGCAAGAUCCAGUCUGGCCUUGGGAAGCUCAUUCUGAAGGAGGAGAUGGAAAAGGAGAUGAACCGAGAGAAAUACAUACGAAGUGUGGCCGCCCAGCGCUUUGACUCCCAAUAUGCUAACUGUACCACAGACUCCCAAACUGUUAAAACAUCAUCUUUGCCUGGAUAUGGACGGAAUGGCCUCCAUCGGCCCCAGUCUACAGAACUAUCUCAGUAUAACAGUUAUGGGGAUGUAUGUGGAGGACAAAGAGAUUUCAAGCCCACCCAAGAUGCCCAAGAUUCCAUUACAAGAAUGGACAGGGGAAUGUCUAUGCCUAAUAUGUUGGAAUAUAAAGUGUACCCAUAUGAAAUGCUCACUGUCACCAACAGAGGGCGUACUAAGCUCCCGAAGGAUGUGGACAGGACGAGACUGGAGCGCCACUUGGCUCCCGAGACAUUCUUUGAUAUUUUUGGGAUGAAGAUCCAUGAGUUUGACAGACUUCCUCUUUGGAAGCGCAACGACAUGAAGAAGAAAGCCAAGCUCUUCUAACUAGCUGAUUGUGCAUGUUUUAAUUUAUCAGUCACUCAUAUGUAUUAGAGCGAUAGUUCUAACUUUUUUUUCUUCUUCUUCUUUUUUCAUCCAAUGACAUGCACAAAAAAAAGUUUUAUUUUGCUUCGAAAAGACCACUUUUUAUUUUCCCAAAUCUAGAUAUCUUUAUCUUAAUAUGAGUGAGUGUUUGAAUAGGAAUAAAAUGCGGUGCGCGUGACCCCUAGAUGUGAACACACGAGCGAGUGAGCUGAUGGUGUGCCUGCUCUCAUUAAACCUGCCUCUAGGACCAGAGAGUUUUAUCCUCCUCCCUCCUGGCCCACUUGUAAAACAGGACUGUAAUUUUUUGGAUGGGGAACCGGGGGCUGUCAGCAGGGUUCUCCCUCUAAACAGGCCGUUAAGGUGGUGGAUCCCUGGAGCCCCCUGCUGUUGCGGACCUAAAGAGACCUUUGAAGUGCUUUAAAAGCGGGAAGUGAGAGCUACUGAAGAACCUUCACCUGCGGAGCCGAGCUUCUGGAAGGCAUUAGAAAACUGAAAUCGGCGUCCUGUCCCACCAGCACUCUGCCGCCUUGUCACAAUCUACAAUCCUAAAAAAAAUAUCCUAGGCUACAUGUAAAGUAGCAAGCAUGUUCACCAUAACCAAAGCCCAAAACAGCACCCGAGAUACGGAUUCUUUAUCCACAUCCCACUAGUCUGAUAAUCAGAAGAGACGGUGGUGAUUAUUAUUAUUAUUUCGAAAAUUUAACUUCAAUUACUUAAAAAAUAUUAAAUAAUAUUACAUUUCGCCACUAGAGGUCAACUGUGGGACGAUAUCUAAUUCUCUAAAACAGCUUCCUCUGAAUCAGACAAUCCGUUUAUUGCGACUUCCGGUUUUUCUGCAAUAUUUAACAGCGUUUUAUUUUUAAUAAAGCAAGCAAAGUCUUUGAAAUGACUGCCUCAGAGGUGUUUCAAUACUGCCACUGUGUUGACGUGGGAUUGUCGGAGCUGUAGCCAUAGCAUUUGUGCCAGGUGUAGACUCAAUAUCAGGGCCGGAUCUCUGUCUAAUGUACAUUUAAAUUGCUGCCGAAUAAUGCAGUUCCCAUAGACACUGUCUCGGCUUGCAGAUGUACAGUAUUAUGGGCCGCCGUUGGCUAUUAUUCUCAGCUUUUCCCUGUGUUACUAGCAGGGUUAAUGACAGAGGACUAGGACAUAUUAUAGUAUUGUGCUUUUAUAGUAUCACAAAACAUACGACUAUAACAAGCGUUAUUACUAGAAACAGACCUGUAUGUCACUUUAAAACAGAAUGAAGAGUUGGUUUUGAUACCCCUACUGUGUACCUCACCUUUUUCUGUCUUUUUUGAGGGAAAGGUUUGAUGAAAAUGGUGUAUAAGCUCUGCUGAGUAAUAAAACUCCGCUUCAGAUCA